AGAACUUAUUGCAUGGAUGGUGGCAGUGAAAAUACAAGCAAGCCAGGAAAUUCAAUGAUUUUUCUCGUAGAGAUGGCAAUAACGGUCGAUCUCUUCUAAUGCAUACGCAUGCGCUUUAUACCCGUUGGGAUCAUAUUGAUGAACGAAAAAUCAGUAGGCGAAGUUCUGCGGAGAAGCUCAUAGAACGAGGAGUGCCUGAGAAAACCGGCAGCCAUGUCGGGGAAUUUAGGAAUGGAACAAUUGAUUCCAAUUGUGAAUAAGCUACAAGAUGCUUUUACACAACUUGGUGUGCAUAUGCAGUUGGACUUGCCACAAAUAGCAGUUGUAGGUGGACAAUCGGCUGGUAAAAGUUCAGUGUUAGAAAAUUUUGUGGGCAGAGACUUCUUACCUCGUGGUUCUGGUAUAGUGACGCGUCGCCCCCUGAUUCUACAGCUGAUACAUGCAAAUGCAGAAUACGCCGAGUUCCUGCAUUGCAAGGGCAAGAAGUUCGUGGACUUCAAUGAAGUGCGCCAGGAGAUCGAAGCGGAGACGGAUCGCAUCACCGGCUCGAACAAAGGCAUUUCCCCGGUGCCCAUCAACUUGCGCGUCUACUCGCCUAAUGUAUUGAACCUGACGUUGAUCGACUUGCCGGGCUUGACAAAAGUGCCCAUCGGAGAUCAGCCGGUGGACAUCGAGCAGCAGAUCAAAGCCAUGAUCUUCCAGUUCAUCCGCCGCGAGUCCUGCCUUAUUCUCGCGGUCACGCCCGCCAACACUGAUUUAGCUAACAGCGAUGCCCUGAAACUUGCCAAAGAAGUCGACCCACAAGGUCUUCGCACAAUCGGUGUGAUCACCAAGCUGGAUUUGAUGGACGAAGGCACGGACGCCCGCGACGUGCUCGAAAAUAAACUGCUGCCGCUUCGGCGUGGAUACAUCGGCGUGGUCAACCGCUCCCAGAAAGACAUCGAUGGACGCAAGGAUAUCUCCGCUGCUCUCGCCGCCGAGAGGAAAUUUUUCCUCAGCCACCCAUCAUACCGACACAUAGCCGACCGGUUGGGCACGCCAUAUCUCCAGCGCGUGUUGAACCAACAGCUCACCAACCACAUCCGCGACACGCUGCCCGGGCUGCGCGACAAGCUACAGAAGCAGCUGUUAGCACUCGAGAAGGACGUCGAGCAGUACAAGCACUUCCGGCCCGACGAUCCGUCCAUCAAGACCAAGGCCAUGCUGCAGAUGAUUCAACAGCUACAGACAGACUUUGAGCGCACCAUCGAAGGCUCUGGUUCUGCUCAGAUCAACACCAACGAACUGUCGGGCGGUGCCAAGAUCAACCGGCUCUUCCACGAACGGUUCCCCUUCGAGAUUGUCAAGAUGGAGUUUGACGAGAAAGAACUGCGUAGGGAGAUCGCGUUCGCUAUCAGAAACAUCCACGGUAUUAGGGUUGGUCUCUUCACCCCCGACAUGGCGUUCGAGGCUAUAGUAAAGAAGCAAAUCGCGCGGCUAAAGGAACCAUCUCUGAAGUGCGUUGACUUGGUAGUGCAAGAGUUAUCCAAUGUCGUCCGUUUCUGUACUGAAAGGAUGUCGCGGUACCCCCGGCUGCGCGAGGAGACGGAGCGCAUCAUCAUGUCGCACGUGCGCUCGCGCGAGCAGCAGUGCAAGGACCAGCUCGUGCUGCUCAUCGACUGCGAGCUGGCCUACAUGAACACCAACCACGAGGACUUCAUCGGAUUCGCCAACGCACAAAACCAGUCUGAGAACGCAACCAAGUCAGGUCACCGAGCACUCGGCAAUCAGGUGAUUAGAAAAGGAUAUAUGUGCAUACACAAUCUUGGUAUCAUGAAAGGAGGCUCUCGCGAUUACUGGUUCGUGUUAACGUCGGAGAGCAUCUCCUGGUACAAGGACGAAGAGGAACGCGAGAAGAAGUACAUGCUUCCACUCGACGGGCUCAAACUGCGCGACCUCGAACAGGGCUUCAUGUCGCGGCGACACAUGUUCGCACUAUUCAACCCAGAGGGCAGGAACGUAUACAAGGACUACAAGCAGCUAGAGUUGUCAUGUGAAAACCAAGAUGACGUCGACUCAUGGAAAGCGUCCUUCCUCCGUGCCGGAGUGUACCCAGAGAAAACGUCAGAAGCCGCCAACGGUGACGAGAGUUCGGACAGUCAAGCCACAAGCAGCAUGGAUCCUCAGCUGGAGCGACAGGUGGAGACGAUCCGCAACCUGGUGGAUUCAUACAUGCGCAUUGUGACCAAGACGACUCGCGAUCUCGUGCCCAAGACCAUCAUGAUGUUGAUCAUCAACAACGCCAAAGAUUUUAUCAAUGGGGAACUUCUUGCGCAUUUGUACGCUUCUGGCGACCAGUCUCAAAUGAUGGAGGAAUCGCCAGAAGAAGCUCAGAAACGCGAGGAGAUGCUCCGCAUGUACCACGCGUGCAAGGAGGCGCUGCACAUCAUCGGCGACGUCUCCAUGGCAACCGUCAGCACGCCCGUGCCGCCGCCCGUCAAGAACGACUGGCUGGAGAGCCGCCUGGACUCCAACCCGCGCCUCUCGCCGCCCUCGCCCGGCGGGCCACGAAGGGCUGCUCCUGCACAGCAGGGCCCCGGCAACCGAGGAGCCCCGCCGCCACCGGGCGCGGGCACGGGCCGGCCCGCCCCGCCGCUGCCGUCGCGGCCGGGCGGCGCCGCCCCCCCACCGCCCGCCGGCCGGCCCGCCCCCGGCGGAGGCCUGCCCGCGCCGCUCAUACCUACGAGGCCGGGCGGCGGGGGCGCCGUGGGCGCGGCGGCGGGCGUCAUGGGGCAGAUGCCGCCACACAUGCGCCAGCAGAUCAACCAGGCAGUCGGCCAGGCCGUCACCAACGCCGCCGUCAACGAGCUCAGCUCAGCCUUCGCUAGAUUCAACCGACCGGUGCCCAACGUGCCGCCAAAGCUGCCCGAGCGACCACAGAAUGGACGGCCAUUUUAAACGCUCCCCCUUCGCCGCCAUCUUAUAAUAAGUUGCAUUGUAAAUAUAACCCCCUCCCCCACUCGUCGUGUGUAUAUUGCUUCAAAUACUGCUUUUAUAUUAUUUAAUUAAUGAAAUGUUCAGCCCAAGCCGGUGAAUGGGAUAGUAACUGUAGAGAACGAUCUUAAACGUUCAGAAAUUUACUUUUUAUUUAUACUCCUAAUUUAAUAAAUUGUAAUUUUAACUACUUGAAUAUUUUACAAAACGAAGAUUUGUUUAGAAUGAAUGUUUUUCUAUAACAAUUAUUAUUUAUGAUGUGCCACGUUUAAACUGGGCAAUAAUUGAAGCGCCAUGUGUUGUUAAACUAGUCGAAGCAUAUUAUACCUAUUAAAGCUCGACUGUUAAAUGUCGUGUGCUUUUAGCAUUGCGUAGCGUAGCGUCACGUUUGUCGCUAACGUAUCGAAUGUCGAGAUUACGCGAUGCGUCCUCAAAUGUUGCCUAGUGUAAGAAAGGCUUUAUUAGUAAGAACCAAACGAAAAAAUAUUGUAAAUUAUUGUUACACCUAUGACCAAAUAUAGGUAUUAGGUAGUAUAAACAAACUACCUACCUGUUAUAAAAAGGUUAGUCAUCAUCACGUUUUGAUAUAAGUACUGCAAUCACACGUUUAAUUAAUUAAAAGGAAUUUAGGUAAGCGUAUCUAUACUAUGAAUUAUUAUUACAUGCUUAUUUCAGCGGUUAACUUCUAAAUAAUUUUGAAAUAAAUCAUGAAAAGUCAUAAAGAGUAAUGAUGACAUUAUUGUACGAUAAUAUUUGUGACAAUAUUGCAUUUUUAUGUAUUGAAGUUUACCUGAUUUAACUUUUAUGAUUAUAGAAAACCAGGUAAUAUUAACUCAGUGUAUUUCGAUGUAAUAAUUCACAAAGUGAAGUAGGAUAUGUAUGUGUAGGAAGGUAGUGCUGUACCUAGUUAUUUGUUCGACUGAUAUUACAAAUAGGUUACUGGAAUGCUUGUGAUAGAAGAGGGUGCUUACAGGAAUACAAGUUGUACUUCUGACCAAUGCGCCUUCUUAGAGAUUAUGUAUAGCAGUGUUACUGUGGCAUUUAGUAUUAUGACGAGUGAAUGCAGGCGAUUACAGACGGUCUUUGAAGAUAUUAUAUUUGUUACACUUACUCGCCUACUUGCAAAUUCGAUUUUUCACAAAUUCAAGUUCAGGUUUAAUUUUGUAAUAGGUAUGUACAAAAUAUUUAUGAUAUUAUUUUAAAAACAGAUCGUAAUUUUUAGAAUUGUUUCUGCUUUUGGAACCACUUUUUCUACAUUUUUAUUGUAAAUAUCUUUUAUAGAAAUUAAAUUCGCAGAAGUAAGCGUAAUCAAAAGAAAUAGCUAUAGAAUGAUGAAAAAUUAUGUAAUUUAUUCAUUUAGGAGGGAUAAUGGUUUGAUAGAUUUUGUAUUUUUUACAUUCCCAUAGCGCCUGCUAAUCACGCGUCAGAAGUUUAUGUAUAUAGAUGUAAAAACAAUGUAAUAUGGACCUGUUUAUACUUGUGUACUGUUGUAUGCAACUGUAAUAAAUGUGUAUAUAAAAUAA